AUGGAAAUAAACCAGCUCGAAAAACUGCGACCUGUUGGUCGAUUGGAGCAAUACUCCACCGCGCGUAACCCCCUCGGGUUCUACUACAAUGUCGCAGUUGCUGCAACAUAUACACUCCCUGAGUCAUCUCUUUCGAUCAAAGAUUACGUCUACAGAGCAUGCGAGGCGGCAAUCUUUCAGCAUCCAAUUCUGUGCGCCAUUCCUGUCGGCGAAGAUACCAAGGAGCCUCAUUGGGCGCGUCUUCCUGAGAUCGACCUGGGGCGUUCUGUAUCGUCCCAAAAACGCAGCCACCCUUUCCCAGGUGAGGAUGAGAAAGAUGAUGAAUUAGAGAAGCUGCUGAAUAUUCAGCAUAACAUCGCAUUUUCUCCGCCACUUCCGUAUUGGAGGGUUUGUCUUCUGCUUGAUGCGGGGAAUAAGCGCCGUUUUACGGCGGCUUUUGUAUUCCAUCAUGCUGUCGGUGAUGGUACCUCUGGAAAGGCUUUCCACAAGUCUUUCCUAGAGGGUCUACAUGCGGUUACUGAAUCGUCAGCGGAAACACGGCAAGUCAUUUCCUCGCCUACAAUGCCACUUCUCCCGAGCAUUGAAGAGAUCCAUCCUAUGACCCUCACCAUCCCAUACCUUGCUACUACCUUGUUCAAAGAGAAGGUCUGGUCCUGGAGGGAUCCUGGGCUGUGGACUGGGUCAGAGAUCCGUGUCCCACUUGAGACGCAAAUGCGCCAUAUUGUCAUUCCCAAGUCUCUCGCAACAUCUUUCAGGCAUGCUUGUCGCCGGAAUAAUACCACUAUCACCGCGGCUUUGCAGACAAUUGUUUCCCGCGCUGUCUUUACACAUAUACCCGAUAAUUUUACGCAGCUCAAGUGCAAUGGCCCCCUCUCCUCCCGGAAAUUCCUCCCUGAUAUCGUCACCGACGAUUCGAUAGGUGUCUGGAUACAGGACUACAAUGAAUUUUACUCACGCGACGACGUCAUGUUGGAUUCUUUUCCUUGGAGCGAAGCCCAGCGAUCUCGAAGGACGAUAGAAAGCACCCUAAGCCUUCAGGGAACGAACGCUUCACCAAACCUCCUCAGAUACGUCAACGAUUUCCACCAAGAACUCUUCCUAUCCAAGGUAGGAAAGCAACGAGGAUCCAGUUUCGAACUGUCCAAUAUUGGCGUCUUUGCACCCGGUCUCAAUUUGAAUGAUGAUCCUUCAAAGCCGCAUAUUGGCCGCAUGAUCUUCUCUCAGUGUGCUAGUGUUACGGGAUGCGCUGUUGAAAUCUCAGUCAUUUCGGGUGGUGACGGGUGCUUGGUUUUGGCACUCUCAUGGCAGACGGGUGUUGUCGAGGAGGGAUUGGCUUCCUCCGUCAUUGAGACGGUUGAGAAGGAGGUGCAUGAACUUGCACAGGAAUGA